AUGCAAUUAUCAAAUUUAUUUAAAAAUGCUGAAGGAGGUGAAAGUAUUCCUGCCUUUCCCUCUUUCUUUAAUUUAAUUGUUGGAACAGAAAAUAAAAAUGAUAUAAAUUUUUCAAAAGUUUAUUCGGGUACUAACAAACGACGCCGUUCUCUCUCGGAGCGUUCAUUGGCAGUGAAAAGAAGCAUUCUUCAACGAAUUAGAAAACAAAAUUCAACUGGAGACUUUAUUCACCAACAAAGAGUAUUUUCGUCUGCUGGUAGCGCUUCUUCACUUCGUUCAAGUAGAAGUACUUUAAGCUGUACUUCUGAUGAAGAAGAUUCGAGUGAUUUGAGGCAUCCUCAAAAUUCUCAACGUUCUCGAGUUGCUGCUGAGGUUUCAUUUUUUAAAAAUAUUUUCGAGUAG